UACCAGAAUUAUUACACAGAACAUUUUCAAUUUGACCCUUCCCGCACAGCUAUUCUCGGUGGAAUCCAGACAUUUCUUCUCCUCUUUUCCGGUGACGCUGCGGGACCUCUGUAUGAUGCCGGCUAUACGCGCCUCCUGGCUGGGACUAUAAUGCAGCGCCUUUGCAUAGAAUACUGGCAAUUUGUCUUGGCCAAAUCAUUUUGUAUUGGAUUCGGCGGUGGUUUAAUAUCAUUCUUAACCCUAAAUGUAUGUGGAAGUAUUUGCAGUUUAAGAAAAAAGAUUGCGAAUGCAGAUUUUGGCUUUUGUAUUAUUGUAAUAAUAAAUAUAGCCUCAGCCCUAGGGUGUAUAUUACUUAGUUCUAUCAGUUUAUGUAUAAGUUUUUUAAUAUAUGCAUACCCAUUAUCAAGCACCUUAACACUCAUCUUUGCACUUGACUUUGAUGGCGCACGCAAUGUCGCCUCAUUUAUUGUUAGUGGAAUUUAUAGAGGCAAUACUAGUCUGUUCUUUGUGCCACAACCAAUUGUUUUGAUUGAACUGUGUCCCAUCUUAAGCUUAUCGGGACGCGUGUUGUAA